AUGGCCUUCACAAUGCACUCCCACUCGGGCCAAUUCUGCCCCGGCCAUGCCAAAGAUGCUCUCGAGGAAGUCAUCCAGCAAGCCAUUGCCCUCGGCUUCAAGACGAUAGGUCUCACAGAACACAUGCCGCGCUACAGCAUCGAGGACCUCUACCCCGAAGAGCUUGAACCCUCCCCCCAAGCCUCCCUCGCCGCCCUGGCCCCCCGCCACGAAGCCUACCUCGUCGAAGCCUCCCGCCUGCAGCUCAAAUACGCUCCCACCCUCCACGUCCUCAUCGCCUUCGAAGGCGAAUUCAUUCGCCCCUCCGACGCGCCCCACGUCCUCCGCCUCGCCAACCCCUCCCUCUACCCGCAAAUCGACUACUUCAUCGGCUCGCUCCACCACGUGCGCGGCAUCCCCAUCGACUUCGACCGCGCGACCUACCUCCGCGCGCGCACCUCCGUGCUUUCCGAGCAGCAGCCCAGGGAUGAAGGCAAAGAAGACGACGAGGUGUUUUUCGAAGCGUAUUACGAUGAGCAGUAUGAGAUGUUGAGGACGUUGAAGCCGCGAGUUGUGGGGCAUUUUGAUCUCGUGAGGCUGUUGAGUGAUCAUGAGCAGCAGGCGCCGGAGAAGCGGGCUGCUAGUAGGGAUGUGAGGACGUGGAAGGGAGUUUGGGAGAGGAUUGUGAGGAAUUUGAGGGUUGUUGUGGAGAGUGGCGCGUGGUUGGAGUGUAAUACCAGUGCUUUGCGGAAGGGUCUUAGUGAGCCUUACCCGUGUAGGGCGAUUGCGGAGGAAUAUCUAUCCUUGGGCGGCAAGUUCACCUUCUCCGACGACAGCCACGGCAUCGCCCAAGUAGCCACAAACUACAUCCGCGGCCUCGACUACCUUGAGAGCCUCGGCGUCUCGGAACUCUGGACUUUCGAGCGGACGCCCCAUCCCGGUGUUGACGGGGGUGCGAAGGCCACCUUGACGGAGAAGAGUGUGUCGAUUGCAGAGUUUAGGGGGAGUCUUAAAGUGUAA